ACACUGCUGCCCUCCUACACCCCUGUGUGUGAGAUCCAGAGAGACAAGCUGGUCAGUCAUAACAGAAGAAAGACAAACUACUCAUACCAGUCGACUGCAACCAGCAAGACAUACACACAGAGGACCCUCAACAAGCCAGCUGUGGACAUCUGGCUCUUUGACUAUGGAUUGAAAAUACAUACCUGGCUGACAAACAAGAAGGUAACCUGAGAAGAGGAAACAGAAGAAAAGAGGAAACUUUUCAACACGUUUAAACAUUUACAUUCACUGGAGGCUGUACAGAGAAAUUGUUUAGAGGCUUGACUGAAUACUCAGUUAUUGACCUCUUUGAUAAAAGACUCUUUAAAGAGACACUUUUCUGAAGCUGAGAGCACUUUUUACUUCAGACAUCAUGGCGUCCACGGGUCUCCAGCUGCUGGGCUUGGUGUUGGCCAUGCUGGGUUGGGGGUUUGGGGUGUUGGUGUGCGCGGCCCCUCUGUGGCGUGUGUCAGCCUUCGUUGGAGGGGAGCUGGUGAUCGCCCAGGUGCUGUGGGAGGGACUGUGGAUGAACUGCCUUUCUCAAACCACGGGCCAGAUCCAGUGCAAGACCUACGACUCCACUCUGGCCCUGCCCAUGUCUCUGCAGGUGGCUCGCUGCGUCACUGUUCUCUCACUGCUCCUCUGCCUCCUGGCCCUCCUGCUCGGGGUGGCGGGGGCCAAGUGUACACAUUGCAUGGGUGACGGUAACCAGGCCUCCAAGGCUCGGCUGGCGAGGUUAUCAGGGGUGCUCUUCCUCGUGGCAGGCCUGGCCCACUUGGUACCGAUCUGUUGGACUGCCUACACAAUCAUCAGGGACUUCUAUGAUCCAAAUGUUGCAGCGCCUUUAAAGAGAGAGCUUGGGCCGGCGCUGUACCUGGGCUGGGGGGCCUGUGUGCUGCUCCUGGUGGGGGGCGCUCUGCUGCAUGUGGGCUCCUCUCCACCGGUUGGAAAAACUCUGCCUGUGGGAAGAGGAGCAGUGAAGGACAACCCACAUACAGCAGCAGCAGGAGAGGUGAAGCAACAAGAGAAAUCUUUUGUAUGAGAUCAAUUUAUCGGACAUGUGAGGCUCAAACAUCGACGGAGGUCUACACCUGCUGUUUUAUGUAUUGAAAAGCAGACGGAGUAAAUGUUAUCUGUAAUUAUUUGAUGAACUUCAGAUUUAAAGGGUUUCUAAUGACGUUUAAAUGAUUUAAUAAAGUGGGAGUUGACAUGAGGUGUGGGCGGUAACAGAUGUUUGGAUGUUUACUAAAAUGUGUGACUUACAUUUCUCAAAUUCCACUCUGCCUCUGCUUGUGUGUGUGUGUGUGUGUGUGUGUGUGUG